CUAAGUCGGUAUCGGUAUGAACGCUGUACAUUAUUGUAUUAAUAUUACAUUGUUAUCGGUGUGAAUGAGUCGUCACUGAAAAGCGAUAAAAUUAAUCUAAAGAUUCGUUACACAUGCAUGUUCGUGAAUUGUCGAUUAGUGUCUCACUGUCAUCCGUGUACAAACAAUCGCAAUGUAAUUGUAUCAAACACUCAGACAGACAACAGACGUAAUUUACACAACAUGGCAUUUGAUUAAACCUCGGAGUUGCUCUUAAUAGUCAGUGUCGGAAAGAAGUAGACUACGACUUAUAAUUUCAUAUGCUGAACUAAGUAUCAUUUACGGUCAUUCGGCAAGUAGGCGCGGUGCGGAUCACACGUGUCAGACCUUGUAGAGUUUUCGAUUGUCUGAGACGGGAAAGUGAGUGUGUGUGUUGCGGUGGUGUGCGGAUGCGUUUGCGGUAGCGUUUUUGUGCGUUAUGGAGAGUGCGGUGCAUGCGGCAGUGCCGCUACGGGUUGGGAAGAAGAUGAGGAAGAGGCGGGAGUUGGAUGCGCUGGUUGGAGGCGGAGGCUCGCGCGGCGGCCGGCUUCUGUCUGCGUCCAGUGACGAGGGGGAACCCUGGGGCCGCCGCACCUCGCGCCGCCGUCGGUCCAGACCCUUUGUCAGGCUGGCCGCAGCCUUAGCCUUCUGCGUGUGCGUGGUCUCUGCUGCAACCGUCCUCUGGCUGUUCGUAGAUGUUAGGAGACAGAUUGCUUCUUUGCGCAUUGAAAUGGACAGAGUAUCAAGAAGCAGCAACAGUGUAGACGACGCGUUACAAGUAUGCCACACGACUGCAAAGGAAUUACGAGCGAAUGCCAGUGCACUAAGUGCGAAAUUCGCAGCACUGGACCAGGAACACAAAGAACUGACGCAGAGGGUAGCUCAGGCGGCGCAGGAGCUCGCUGCUGUGUCAGAACAGCUGUCAGCAGCACCCAAGUUAGCUGACACGCCGAGAAGACUGGCAGAACUACAGAGAACAGUCGCGACAUUUGGUUCACAGAUCAACGGUUUUGACAGUACAAUAAGUUCGACCCACAAACAAGCUUUAGCAGCAGUAACAGGGGUAGAAGAAGUAAGAAAUCUUCUUCACCAACUAGAUGCGAAGGCGAAUGAGACUAUAGCCAACGUCACAGCGAACACGAAGCGUGACGAAGAGAUCCGAACGGACCUCGGGAACCUUAACAGUACCCUCACAAGCAAAGUUGAAGCCUUGCAGACUAGGAUACAGGAAAUAACUAAGCCUGUAAGCACAGCGGCGCCGACGGUGGCGACGGCCGCGACGGCAGCGAGCGCGGUGCCGCCCUCUAACUCUACCACUACCACCACAACGACACUACCGCCUGGGAAACCGUCAGUGCUACAAUGAGGAUUACUGAAAUCCUUCGUUCCUCCCAACUCGUGAACCGAUGUCGGAUGACGAGAGAAACGCUCAGUCUUGAUCUCAAUACGUCCACACGACAUAUACACGUAGACGUUACCGAGACGCGGAACGGAUACCCUCCAAAAUAUUUGUAAGAUUGAUAGAAUUGUCGCAGUUGACGACAGACAUUCGAACAGGACGGACGUGAUUUUGACUCAGCCAUACAUUUCAGUCAGUAUUUUAAUAUUUUCCCUUCGACUGUACAUACGUUUUUCAUUAAAGAUAUAUUUUUUAUUAUUAAUAUAAUACUAUUUAGUGUUUGUACUUAUAUUUAUGUGUUUAUUUGACUUUGUAUUAAUAUGGAGUUAGUGUUAUGUUGAUGGUGACCUGUUUGUUUUAUUUGUGAACGUCUUGUGUCUUGUAUGUCAACGAAGUGAGGUGAGGUGCACCAAUGCAAUAUCGUCGAGUGAGAAUUGAGUACGAUUUAAUGUAAAUAUUUAAUUGUAAUUAGUUUAAUGAGCGUAGUGAACACACGCGGCACUGUGUGUUAUGUUGUACGAGUGUGUGUUUUAUUACUGUAAUAAAUUAUUGUUAAUAGAUCAGUUAUUAUUAUA